UUCAGUGGAAUUUUGUGGUGAUUUUGGUUAUUUUUCAUCGAUCUCCACACGUCACUGGAUUUUUUCAUUCUUUCUCUUUUCCUCUUUCAAUUUAUCAAAUCAAAUGAAUAUAAUCCCACAUUAAUAAAGAAAAAAAUAACAAAUAAUAAUCCUAACAGAUAUUAAUGGUGUUUUUGCCAUCAAGAGAUGACUCGAGGUUGUUUGUUGCAUUGAAGGCGCUGCUUUUUGCAGUUCUCUCAGAGACAGGAUAUAAAUAAAAAAAAACUUUGUGAUAUAUGCAGGUAUUUUUCCAACAGCUUAUCUUUCUUUUGGUGGUGUCUGUGACAUUUUGUAAUGUCCUGUGCCGACCAGCAAAUGAGGAAAGUGAGGAUAAUGAUGAUAAAAGUGAUUUGGAAGCAUCAGAAUUCUUCUUCUGGCCAAAAUUCUUCUUUGUUAAACCCGCCGUGGCCGUAGUUAAGGCUGCACCUGUUGUUGCAUACGAAUAUCAACCUGUGAAUUACACAUACUACAGACCGGUAUGGACCCCAUACACGGUGACUGUGCAAAAGCCGGUGGCUGUAGCAGCAGCAGCUCCCGCCGUUGUGGCGGAAACUCCCGUAGUUGCGGCAAAAGGUGUUUCAGUUAAUGUUGGAGGUAAGAAAGUAACACCUAACUCGUAUUUUUUGUAUUAUUUUCACGCAUAAACAUAUUUUUUCUUUUCUCUCUUUCAUGUUUCCGUCUUGGACUGGAUAGUUGGGAGAAAAUAAUAAGUACACCACUACAACUCAUGUGAGAACAUAGAAAUGGAGAAAUAAAGUAUUUUAAUAAUUUUUACGAUUCCUUCAACCAAUAUAUUAUGUACUAAUGACGAAUUUGAAGAGAUAAAUAAAUUUUUUAGCCUAA